AUGACCACAGCGUCGAAAUACCGCGACGACGACAGCGACACGUCUUGCAGCAGUGACCAGGACGACGAGCCCUCCGAGGAAUGCGAAGACGAUCGCUGUCAUGGUCCACAGCGCCCGGUAUGGCACUGCGUCGACUGCGACAGCUCCUACUGCAGCGACUGCUGGGGACGUCAAGGUCCACACAAACCCAGGAAGAAAGGCAGAGAUGGCGUGCCUCAUGAGAAGACAGACCCCCAUGUUGUCAAGCGACUGAGAGCCAUUCUGAACCCGACCAGGGAUCCCGACGAGAUUCAAAAGCUUCACGAAGAUGACGAAUCAACAAAAUGGUUUGGCGUUGCCAGAGAUCUCACUGGAAGACCGAACUUCGAGGACUAUGGCCGAUAUGCGACGCUCAUGGCGAGCAUCUCUCCCAUCGAAAGUGCUUCCAACCGCUAUCCGCAGCUUGUGUCUUUUAUCGGAGUCACCAAUGCGGGAAAGUCAACAUUGAUCAAAAUGCUGAUCAACCACGACUCUCAGAAUGCCAACCCGGAGAAUCCGAGCAUGUUUCCCUCGCCCGUGGUCGGUAGUGUAGUCAACGAUACUCUGCCGACUUCGGGAGAUGUCCAUCUCUAUGCAGAUCCAGCGACACAUGCAGAGCAACUACCAAUCCUCUACGCAGACUGCGAAGGAUUCGAGGGAGGCGAGCGUACGCCACUUGGAGCCCGUGCAAGGCGGCGAACCAAUCCUGAGCCAGAUGCGCCACGCCCUGGAAACGUCUAUUCGCGACCCAUCGAAUGGGCCAACACCGAGGAGGCUCGUCAGCGCGAGUACGCCGUCACUAGGUUGUACCCACGCCUGCUCUACACAUUCUCUGACUGCGUGGUAUUCGUUCUCCGUAACCCGAAGACUUUCCAAUCCGCAGUCUUGACGAAGCUCCUGGACUGGGGCGCGAGCUCUUUGGAAAAGUCGAUCAAUCAACCCGCCCUACCUCAUUGCAUUGUCGCUCUCAACGGAACGGAUCCUGGUGUCGACGACAAGGCAUGGGACGUCAACUAUGCGACGCAAAGCUUAUUGUCUUCGGUCAAAGGAGCGUUGGAUUAUGUUGAGGGCGUACCUCGAUUUCGAGAGCUGGCCGAGCACUGGCGGAGCUUAGGCAAACAUAUCUACUCCGUAGAGGACCUCAUUCUGCGAUACUACAGCUCGUUCAAAGUCGUUCGCAUACCUAGCAAACCACGAUAUACCACGAUUGAUGAACAGGUCGGGAAGCUGCAGCAGAUUAUCAAGUCCAACUGCGAAGAGUCUUUCCGCAAUAAGCGCAGAGCGCGAAUGCUAACGAAUGCUGAUGAACUCAACACGUAUCUUCAGAGUGGCUUCGAUCACUUCACGAAGCAUUUGGACAUACCAUUCAAUUUCAUGCGAAUAUCCCUAUUGCGAAACCCGAUCCCAAACGACUUCGGCGGGCACAUCCUACAACUCUGCACCACUAUCAGCUCCCAGCAACCAAAUCAUCAACACGGCCGGAUCUCAUGGAUUUUCGAGAAGAUGAGUGUUAUGCUGGCUUCGUGCGUGCUUCUGGAUUGUGCUCGCUUCCGAAAAGGUAGGGUCGACGAGCUUUUCUCAAACUAUGAGAAAUUCUUCGACUGGGCGAUGGGAGAAUACCUGGAACUUCACUAUCCUUGCUCGUUCAUCUCUGCUGAUGGCACAAGGCAGUGCAUGCUCGUGAAGGCACGCCAUCAGCCGAAAGGGCACCAAGACGAGGCCGGCAUCAUCGCUGCGGGAGACUAUCAGGCCGCCUUCGACUCAACUUUUCUACCGCAGUGGAAGGCACAGUUGCGAGCGGCUAUUGGCAAUAUCCAUCGAGACUUCCAGUACGAGCUCGAGCAGGCUUCACACAGCGUGGAUGCGCAAGCUAUACCCGAGGAACGCAUUGCACUAGACCUACACAUCGAGUACUUGAACCAGUUUUUCGAAGCAGUCGGACCUGCAUCUUCGAUGUGUUCUCACGCAACUUGCUUCUGCUGCUUGAUGGAUGUGCCCGAGCAUCCGCUUGCCUGUGGUCACGUCCUUUGCACUGCUUGCAUCAAGGCUUACGGAAAGCAAUCGAAGUCCUCGGUUCAAGUGUCCUGCUGUCCACUUCAUCGAGAGGCGACCAAUUGGGCAAAGCCCACAGUGAUCAAGUUCAAGCCUGCGGGCGCCAGCGUUCGCAUCCUGUCUCUUGACGGGGGCGGCAUUCGUGGAAUCGUUCAGCUCGAGGUGCUCAGAGCCAUCGAACAGGCUCUGGGUGGUCAUCUCCCUGUCCAAUCAUUCUUCGAUCUCAUGAUGGGCUCAGGUACAGGCGGUCUAAUCGCGGUAGCGCUGUCAUUGCGCAACAGGACAAUUGAUUCGAUCAUCGACAUGUUCGCUGCACUUUGCGAUCACGCCUUCACUCCGAGACUUGCAGGUGUGCCCAUCAUCAAUCAGAUCGCACAGGUCUUGGGGAGUGGGCCGAAGUUCAAGACAAAGCCUCUGCACUCAGCCCUGAAGACAGCCUUCACUGACGAUGAUGACCUAUUUGGUUCCAACGAGAAGCUGCGGAACAACACACGAGUCGCGCUGACGUCGACAAGUGCUACCGGCCAGGAAACGAUAUUGCUUGCCAGCUACAGGAGACCUGAAGAUCUCAAGCCAGCGUAUGCCUUUGAGCGACCGCACAACCCUGAGAUGGAGCUCAAAACGUAUGAAGCAAUUGCUGCCUCCUUGUCGAGCCCAACACUUUUCAAGCCUUUCGUGUUCCAUGGCAAGACAUAUCUGGACGGCGGACUUCGCAGUCCAAACCCUGCUUUCAUUGCCGACAGAGAGCGGAGGCUUAUCUGGCCGGAUGCUGGAGAGCCAGAUAUGUUCCUGAGCCUGGGAACGGGCCAGAACAGAAUCACCGUUCUACACAAACUGUCCGAUCGCCAAAAGGCUGCAGCUAUUGCAGCAGUGCCUGCAGCGCCUCCCCAAUCGCCCAACAAGAAAGCGUCUGGCAGAUGGCGAGCAAAGCGCACCGAUGAUGUCCUUGAUGCUGAGCUUGCGUGGCAACAAUUCAGACAUCACGUUGUACGAGACAGAGCAGAAGCUAGAGGUCGACGAUUCAUCCGAUUCAACCCAGAUCUCGACCGAGAACCACCGGCGGCUGACGGCAAGUCAGAUCUUUUGUCACUUCAGGUCAACGUGAGGAAGCGCCUCCAGACAGCCCAUCGACAAGCAGCGCUUCGAAACGUUGCUCACAGACUGGUUGCAUCGUCGUUCUACCUCGAGCUGCAGUCCAAAGCGACUGCAGAGAAGAGCGAACAAAUAUGCACAGGAGCGAUACAUUGCCGAUUUGAGGAUGGUGGCACGGAGAUUUCCGCAUUGGGUCGCAUUCUAGAUGAGAAACGAGUCGAGGGUUUCGAGCCGUACUUUCUUGUCAAACCUGACGUCGACCAGUCUGACUUCUGCUUCAAGUUCACGCUGACUGAGCCCAUCAUCAAGGGCAUGAUCGAGAACUCCGUCUUCGGGCUACCGAACGUAUACAUUCCUCUACGGAACGAGAGCAAGGCCACCACAAUCAACCUGUUCCUUUCAAAGCAUGACGGACUUGAGCCCGAUGGCUUCCCCAUCAGCGGGUUCCCAAGAAUCAUCCUGGGAGAACCCAAGGUGCCCAACUCCCGCAAACCAGUUAGAAGCAGUUCCGAGAGUCAGUUGCGAAACCCGGCGUUCAGGAACCUCAAGUCUUCAGACGCGGAUUCUAUCUCAUUGAAUGGAACACCACUGCUUAACAACAGAAGCAGUGGCGAAGAGCAGUGGCCUGAUGCACAAACGGAGAAGAACAAUGUUUCGAAAAUGGCUCUCGCAGAACUCAUUGCCCAACAUCAGAACGGGAACGGUUCCAGCAUAAAGCAAAGGACCAACAGGUUCUGGACGUACAUUGGAAACCAACAUAUGGCACAGCAUCCCGAAAUGUACUCACCGGCGGAGCUCGCAAAGCAUGGGGUAUCAGCAGUUGCAUCUCCCUGUCAACCGAUUGAGCUCCCAGCCGAGCAUCCUCCCAGUCCAGACGCCACCACAGCAUUGCCCUCCAUCCGAUCACGAUAUGCCUUCCCACGGCCUCCUCGGGGUGUGCCCGAGCUUGGGGCCAACGGCAAAGUGCCAAAAGAUAAUGCGCCUCCACACCCUCUCUACGGCAUGUCCCACGACGCAGCGAGAUCCGACGUCGAUCUAUCUCAACCACAACCUACGAGCCCCAAACCAUCUUCAACAUCUAUGUCAACAGUACAGUCAGGAUCACAGUUACAUUCCAGCAACGCUUCCAAGAGAGCGGAUAUCCCCAGCAUGUGCGAAACAGAGUUUGAAGAAGAAGAUGAUUGGGUAUCCACUUACAGCGGAGAAGAGGUGAGCUUGGCCCAGGCAAGCCCUCUAGUCCAGCUUUCAUCCCCACGCCACCGGCCGUCUGCAGAUCCAAGCCCGCUUGAGAGUGCGAUUGCGACUUCUUUGCCUGAUGAGAACACUGCGUCUGCGCUUGACCGAUGGCUUGCGGCGCAGAAGAGCUCUUCAUCCUUGUCGAGGAAGGGUGAGAGGCUGAAGGUCGUGCAAGAAGAGGUGGACGAGUAAUUGCAGCCUUUUGUCUGGUGGUGUAUAUGAGAAAUGUAAAAGUUUUGGAGAGAGUCAUGCGAUGUAGAAGAGAAACGCAUUGAAUUUUGGCGGUAUGUAUGUACUAUAUGACAUGAAUGACUGACAAUAUGACGACUGUACACGUAGUCAGGAGGGCGAGUUGAAGCGAAGAGUUCAGAUCUC